AUGCUUUGGAAGACUGAAGAUUGUCCAUCUAUUGAAAACCCAUUGGAUUUUGUAAAUCGAUUCCGUAAAUCGAUUGCAACUCAGACUACCGAUAUUUUCAAAAAUGAAAUCGGCCCCGACAUUGACAAUCCAGACGAUACCUUUGACAGUGACGCUCUCCCAUUUGACACCAAUUUUUCGACUCAAGAAAUUGAUCAGCGAAAGUUAAGCCAAGAGAACGUUGCCGUUUCAUCUCAUCAAAAUACAGAAAAUCAGUUGCCAUCCGCUGAAAUAUGCGCCGAUGCUACAAGUCAGCGUCAUCCCACUCCAAUUUCCGAUGACAACUCCACACCCGACACUAACGAGUCUGAAAAUCCACUAACAGAGUCCAAGGACGGUUCUUUAUACUACAACUAUAAGGGAUUUUUUAGUAUGGUGCUUCUGGCUAUCUGUGACGCUAAUUAUCGUUUCACGCUGGUUGACUUCGGAACGUACGGCAGAGAAAACGAUAGAAGACUGCCCUUACCUAGUCGUCUCCCAGACACAAAUCCAAGUGAUUACCCUGAGAUGCCUUAUGGUGUUGUAGCUGAUAACGCUUUUCGUCAAGAAGUGUAAAUGUAGAAGCCUUAUCCAGGCCGCUGCACGGGUCUCAUGCCCAGGUCGUGGAUGAUAUACAACUACAGAGCAAGACGGACUAUUGAAAACGCUUUUGGGAUCAUGGCAGCACACUGGCGCGUCUUCUUGAAACCGAUCCCUUGCCAUCCAAAGAAUGUGAAAAAUGUAGUCCUGGCAGGAGUGGUGCUGCACAGUUUCCUCUCAGUUGCUGAUCCGAAGUAUGCUGAUGCAAGUUACGGUGACCGCUACCAGAACGGCAGAUUAUCAGCGGGCCAAUGGCGUCAAGACAUCAGCGAAAGAGAGAGAUUGACUUGCUGUUUCCAAGACAUUGCUCCCAAGUUGGGACAAAAUGCCUCACAUGCAGCGAAAGAUGUUCGUGAUUACCAGAGGAAGUAUUUUAACAAUGAGGGUAUUGUUCCGUGGCAGGAAAAGUAUUUUAUGGAGCACGAAUAA